AAGACCUCCCAGUCACCUUUACAGAAGAAUUUGAAGAACAGACAUUUACAGAUGAUUGCCAUUGGUGGUGCCAUUGGUACUGGUUUGUUUGUCGGUUCCGGUGGUGCUCUGAAGAAGGGUGGUCCAGCUGCUCUGCUUAUCGCUUGGAGUUUGGUUGGUACCAUGAUUUUCUCUACUGUCCAUGCCAUUGGUGAAUUGGCUGUUAGAUUCCCAAUCUCUGGUGGUUUUAACGUGUACUCCACCAGAUUUAUCGACCCAUCCUGGGGUUUUGCCAUGGGUUGGAACUAUGCCCUGCAAUGGCUGAUUGUUAUGCCUUUGGAACUUGUCGCUGCUUCUAUUACUAUUGGUUACUGGAACUCUGAGAUCAACUCUGUUGCCUGGGUGGCGAUCUUUUACGUAUUCAUCGUUGUUCUUAAUUUCUUUGGUGUCAAGGGUUACGGUGAAGCUGAGUUUGUCUUCUCCUUCAUCAAGGUGCUCGCUGUCAUUGGUUUCAUCAUCUUGGGUAUUAUCCUGAACUGUGGUGGUGGUCCAAAAGGUGGUUACAUCGGAGGAAAGUACUGGCACGACCCAGGUGCGUUCUCCAACGGGUUCAAGGGUGUGUGUGCUGUGUUUGUCACUGCUGCCUUCUCCUUUGCCGGUACCGAGCUUGUUGGUUUGGCUGCCUGUGAGACUCAAAACCCAAGAAAGUCCCUUCCAAGAGCCACCAAGCAAGUCUUCUGGAGAAUCACCUUGUUCUACAUUGUUUCUUUAACCCUUGUUGGUUUGCUUGUGCCUUACACUGACUCAAGAUUGGGUACUGCAUCCGAUGCCUCUGCUUCUCCUUUCGUCAUUGCCAUCAACAACGCUGGUAUCGGUGGUUUGGAUGACGUUAUGAACGUGGUUAUCAUGAUUGCUGUUCUGUCUGUCGGUAACUCCUCUGUCUACGCUUGUUCUCGUACAUUGGUUUCUCUUGGUGGUCAAGGCUUCGCACCUUCUUGGUUGAUGUACGUUGACAAGAAGGGUCGUCCAAUCUGGGCCACGCUUGUCACUUUGAUUGUUGGUCUCUUGUGUUUCGUCUCUGCUUCCGACAAGCAAGGUGAUGUUUUCAACUGGUUGUUGGCCAUUUCCGGUUUGUCCUCUGUCUUCACCUGGGGUUCUGUCUGCUUUGCUCAUAUCAGAUUCAGAGCUGGUAUGAAGGCUCAAGGUCGUAAUCCAAACGAAGAAUUGGCCUUCAUGUCUCAAUGUGGUCUCCUUGGUUCCUGGUAUGGUGUCAUUCUCAACAUUUUGAUUCUCGUGGCCCAAUUCUGGGUUGCCCUUUUCCCAUUGGGUGCAAGCCCAGAUCCAAGUGAUUUCUUCCAAGCUUACUUGGCCUUGCCAGUCAUCAUCGCCUUCUACGUCUUCCACAAGCUCUGGAAGAGAAACAAAUCCUGGUACAUUAAGGCCUCUGAUAUGGAUUUGGACAGUGGUAGAGCUGAGCACGAUUUGGACUUGCUCAAGCAAGAGAUUGCCGAGGAGAAGGCUUUCAUCGCUUCAAAGCCUUUCUACUACAGAUUCUACAGAGUCUGGUGUUGAACUCCCUAAGCUCAUUGUAUUUAGUUUCUGCAAACACGUCCUUGAUGGAUAUUUAAUUUGAUUUCUAAUAGAUUAUAUGGAUAACGAGUCCUGUAG